GGGUGGUUUUAUCAUUUCGACUUGUUAACUAUUAAUUCAGCAGUGUGCAUCUGAGAAGCGGAGCCACGCACCCCAGUAAUCAUGGCUGUGAGCUCGAAUGAAGAGAAGGGUAACCUCAGCUGCUGUGUUUUUAACGGAGACCUGCUCUCCAGCAUUCUGCCUCCGCUUCUCAUUGUGGAGUUCGUGCUGGGGGUGGUGGGCAAUGGGAUUGCGCUGUGGAUUUUCUGUUUCCACUUCAAGCCCUGGAAAACCAGCACAGUCUUCCUGUUCAAUCUGGCCCUAGCCGAUUUCCUCCUGAACGUUAUCCUUCCGUUCCGGACAGAUUACUACUUGAGGAACAAAGACUGGAUCUUCGGAGACGUGUUCUGCAGCAUCUCCCUAUUCAUGCUGACCAUGAACCGAGCUGGAAGCAUCCUGUUUCUGACUGCCGUUGCCGUGGAUCGAUACUUCAAAGUGGUCCAUCCCCACCACCCAAUAAACACCAAGUCUGUCAGGAAGGCUGUGUACACUGCAUGCGCUUUGUGGGUCCUUGCCAUAGCAUUGACUGUGUACCUCCUUACCAAAUCUCACCUGUUUCCUAACGGGAACUUGACACAGUGUGAUAGCUUCACUAUAUGCCUGUCUUCUACGUCUGCUGGUAGUUGGCACAAUGCUCUGUUUGUGCUUGGGUUUUGUGUUUCUCUGAGCAUUGUACUGUACUGUUCUAUCUCUAUAGCCUGGAAACUCAAAGUGAAUCUGCUAGACAAACAAGCCAGGAUAAGGAAAGCUGUGAAGCUUGUAACAGUGGUGGUGGUCAUGUUUGUUGUCUGUUUUCUCCCUAGUAAUGUUACUAGAAUACUGAUCUGGAUCAAAAAUGGAAAACACAUACAUGACUGUGCUGCGUAUGAAGCGCUGGACAGCGGAUUCUACAUAACCAUCAGUCUGACUUACCUGAACAGCAUGCUGGACCCACUUGUGUAUUACUUUUCCAGCCCGACAUUCAAAAAGUAUUACAUGGCUGUCGUGAGUCUCCGGCUGCACAAGAAAGAAGAUCCAUCGGCAGAGGGUACAUCAGACAGAGAUACAACUCGCACCCCGAGUGCAGACCGCUUGUGACAGGUCGCUGCGGCGUAGUGCGAUUAACACAAUGACACACGCCUCUCUCUCCCUCUAAUUGCCUGCUUAAUUGCUUACACCUGUACUAAAUACGCGCGGGAGAUUCAGGGCUGCAUUUUAAGGUAGUCUGACGCGUGUGGGGGGUAUGCUCGAGAGUGAAUCUGAGUGCUGAUGCGCUGUGAGCGAGAGGAGCAAAACUGUAACACGCUGAACCCGAGUCAGCAUAAACUGAAACCAGAGCGAGAGGCGGCUCACUUACUCAUAGACUGUGCCAAACCAAGAGUAAAGAUCGCUGCAUUACUCUGAGCUUAACCGCAACUUGGGGACUGGUUUAGUGCAGUGCUGGUGUCUGUACCUGGAGCUGAGGAACGUCUGGGUGAGAGAGGCUGAGUCAUAAAGGACGACAGAGGGCAUGUUGUAUGGACUGCAUUUGAAUUGAUUGAUUUGCGGGUGGGAUUUUGUAUUGUGAGGGGACCUUUUUAACUGCUUAGUUAAUUACUGAUAUUUAGAACUAUAUAACUAUUGUAACUUGCAUUAUUUAAAACCUACAGCUGUGUUGCACAAUAUCCUAUACUGGUUCAAUAAGCCUGACUUAUCUAUUGGCUACAUGUUUUGAAGAUUCACUUGCGUUUUUAAAUUGAGUGUUUGAUUUGAUAUUGUGUUGAUUUUGAAGGAUUCGCUUAAUUGUUUGCUCUGUGUAUUUUUAGGUUUGUUAAAUGGCUUGCUUUACUGUGUGCACUCAUAGAUAAUUGUUAUGCAUUUGUGUCAUUAAUUGUAGUUAAUUGAUUUCUAUGCAGCCUGAUUGACCCUUGAUUUUGUUUCUAAGCACACAGACAUGUGUAUGUAUGUGACGAUUUCAAAUGUUUCUCUUCUCUUGUGAAUAAAUUAAGGGGUUGUUUUUA